CGUUCCAGUGUGCAAUGUAGUUUCCUCAUUAAUUAUCAGAGCAAGCUCCAUCUGGAUGGUCUCUCAUGGCUCUCAAUCUUGCUCCUUCGAACCCCACAAUUUUCCCCCCCUCUCCCCAUCCAAAGCGUUCUUCUCGUUGCGUUCAAACCCCGCCACCUAGUACAAGAACCAAACGCUUGGUCUUUUCCUCCGCCAACACGAGGGCGGCUCUCCGGGAAUGGCGUGAAUACGAGGAGGCAGUGAAGCGCAAGGACCUCGUUGGAGCCCUCAGGUUCUUGAAAUCCAUCGAGAACGUUAGCCACGACAACAAUAAAGACCAAAUUGAGCGCAUUAAUGGUUCUGCUUCGGCCGAGUCGACUCGGUCCCUGCUCGGUGAGUUGGGGCUGGUUGGCUACGAGAGGGACUGGGAGGUUCUGGACACCUGUCUGAAUGCUGAUGAUAUGAAGCUUGUGGCGAGCGCUUAUGGUUUCCUUAAGGAUAGGGGGUUUUUGCCCAACUUUGGCAAAUGCAGGAAUAUUGUUUUGGAGGGACCAAGAAGCAUUACACCAACUCUAUUGAAGUCUUCAACGGGUUUAGAGGUGUCUAAACUCUCUCCAAAGAAAUGGGGUGUUUCAGGGAGCUCCCAGGCUGUUUUGGUUGCUUUUCUUGGUGGGGUAUCUUUCCUUAUUUCGGAAGGGAUUGAUAUGAGGCCUAACCUUGCAGUGAUAUUGGCGCUAGCCUUCAUGGACUCUAUCUUCCUUGGUGGCUCCUGUUUAGCUCAAAUCUCAAGCUAUUGGCCACCAAAUAGGCGGCGGAUCCUAGUUCAUGAAGCAGGGCAUCUCCUGACUGCUUACCUAAUGGGUUGCCCAAUUCGUGGAGUAAUUUUAGAUCCAAUUGUCGCAAUGCAAAUGGGCAUUCAAGGGCAGGCUGGAACUCAGUUUUGGGAUGAGAAAAUGGCCAAUGAUCUUGCUGAAGGACGACUUGAUGGCACUGCUUUCGACAGGUACUGCAUGGUGCUUUUUGCAGGCAUUGCUGCUGAAGCACUCAUUUAUGGUGAGGCAGAGGGUGGAGAGAACGAUGAAAAUCUCUUUAGGAGUAUUUGUGUUCUUCUGCAACCGCCGUUAUCUGUUGCUGAGAUGUCAAAUCAAGCAAGAUGGUCGGUUCUUCAAUCUUAUAAUCUGCUCAAAUGGCAUAGACAUGCACACCGAGCUGCUGUUAAAGCUUUGGAAAAUGGUAGCGGACUUGGCACUGUGAUUAGGAGCAUUGAAGAAGCCAUGUCUUCAAAUAGAUAAACUCCAUAGGCGCUCAAAGAGAGAGAACUGAUCCCAUCACAUUUUUUUAUUUUUGAUGCUCGGGAGAAGGAUGUUUUACUCCUUUCUGCUCAAUCGUUUCUCUUCACUUUAGUAUUGCUAGCACAAAUAAGUAGAAUUAUCUGAUUUCGGUGUUGUAAGAAUAAUUGGCUCCAACAAGAAAGUGGUAUGGUGCCUAAAAUGUCCUUGGGACGUUUCCCACUUGGCAUUCUUAUUGUUGUUUUCCAUUU